CACGAUGAACGCCACAAUGUCGCGAUUUAUGCUAUGUUUCCAUUUUUUGCGUGUGAUUUUAUUUAAAAUGCUGUCACUCUCUUUUAGCGAACGUUUAAUUGUCAUUACACUGAACAUUUCUCUUCCAGGUUGGUGUUAUCUACGUAAUCACGUUAUUUCUAGCGGUCUUUCCCUCAUAGAAAAAAUACAAAUAGAGAAAACUGUCAACGGGGCAUUUAGGAGUGAAUUUACAAACACGGCUGAAUAAAGGCUAGUGGUAUUUAAAAGCAGAGAAAUGUAUCUUCCGCUUAUUCUCUAUUCUGCCUAAUAAUAUUACCCCAGCUCAGUUUAUAGAUUACACGGACUGUCUAAUAUAUGUUUGCGUUAUGUCGUGUAUUCUUCAUUUAAAUGGCCUCUAGUCCCAAAAGACCCUCUCUGGGGGCAGUAGCUCCUCGUAAGAAAGCCAAUCUAAAGUCUGAACUGACAGAAGAGCAAAAACAGGAGAUCCGAGAGGCGUUUGAGCUCUUCGACACCGAUGCUUCUGGUUUUAUUGAGGUGAAGGAGUUAAAGGUGGCCAUGAGAGCGCUGGGCUUUGAGCCUAAAAAGGAGGAAAUCAAGAAAAUGAUCGCAGAGGUUGAUAAGGAUGCUACUGGAAAGAUCUCUUUUGGUGAUUUUAUGACAGUGAUGACCCAAAAAAUGGCUGAAAAGGACUCCAAGGAAGAAAUUCUUAAGGCCUUUCGGCUGUUUGACGAUGACGAGACUGGAAAGAUAUCCUUCAGGAAUCUAAAGCGAGUGGCCAAAGAGCUGGGGGAAAACCUGACCGACGAGGAGCUGCAGGAAAUGAUCGAUGAAGCAGACAGAGACGGUGAUGGAGAAGUUAACCAGCAGGAGUUUCUCCGCAUCAUGAAGAAAACCAGUUUGUACUGAAUGUUGUCAGAAGCACAUGUGAAAUAUUCAUUUCUGUUUUAUUUAUUUUUUUAUGAUUUGGAUGUUUUAUGCACCGCACCAUUCCAAAACCGUGAUGCCUGUCAGCCCCAUCGGUGGAUUCAGAUCCGUGUGGGUUUUGCCGUCGAUUGUUUACACUCUAUAUUCUCAAGACUUAUCAGUCCAAAUAAACAGUAGCACAGGCUUGUAGGUAAUGCGUCAUAUAUGCAUGCACUGAAAUAUUUUGUGACUUUGUCAUAACAUGGGUAAAUCUCACUUAGAAAGCAAAUGAUUAAGAGACAGAUUUCAAAAUAAAUAAUAAAAAAAAAGCUUCAUGUAGAUUGUGACAACUAAUUUUUUAUGGACCCCUGAUAAAAAUAUAAAAACACUGCCAAAACUCUUAUAUGUAUAAACAUACUUAUAAAAAACACUAAAGUAAAAACCGACUGCUUUCUUUCCCAAAAUCACUCAUAUAUAUAUAAAUACACUUUAGGUUUCUGCCUUAUGUUUCAGUUCUGAACAGCCAUGUUUCUCUGUGCCUCAGCUUCUUUGAAGGAGAUUUCUGCAGUUUUAGUGAAUGCAUACUGUGAUCCUGUGCUUGUAUUUAUCCUUUGUGUCUCUUUAUGCACCGUCUUUGUAUUGAUUGAAGUACACUUGAGAUGCUAUUGAAGUAUUAUUAAAAAUAAAAUAAACUGUAUCGAGCAGCUGUUA